GAGGAGUGGGUAAGGAAGCGGGAGAGGAUAAGGGAGAGUUCGCCCCUUGCCCGGAGGUACCAGGACGAGUGGGACUGUCGCAGCAUCAUCGUCAAAUCCUAUGAUGAUCUCCGUCAGGACCAGCUCGCUAGCGAGCUUCUCUUCCUCUUCGACCGCUGCUACAAGCUUGAGGGUCUCAACCUACCCCUCCGCCCGUACGCAGUCGUGGCGACGAGUGAGGAUGGUGGGGUGCUGGAGACGCUGACGGACGCAGUCGCCAUUGACACUCUCAAGAAGAGGAUGGGAAAGGUGACGCUGGCCGAGUGCUUCGAGAAGCUGUUCGGGGGCAAGGGGAGCAUGCGCUACCACAAGGCGCAGGAACUCUUCAUUCGAUCCAUGGCAGGCUAUUCAGUCUUCUGCUACGUCCUGCACGUCAAGGAUCGUCACAACGGCAACAUCAUGCUCUGCCGCGACGGCGCCGUCGCUCAUGUCGACUUUGGCAUCAUGCUGAACGUGCGAUACGCCAAAGACAUGCUGGAGAUGAAGAUCAAGCUCUCCUCAGAGUUCGUUCAGAUCAUCGGGGACAAGAUGGAGAGCUUCGACGACCUCUGCAAGCAGGGGUACCUGGCGAUUCGCAGACAUGCCAACCAGCUCAUGAGGCUGCUGGAAGUGAACAAGUCUUCGAGCGUUCCAGUGCUUCCUUGCCUCGAGGGCGACGCCGUUGAGGAUGUUCGCAAGCGCCUCAAGCUCGAGACCAACGAUCGGGUGGCAGAGCAGCACAUGAGUGCCGAGCUGGGAAAGGCGAAGGAGCACCUCUGCACCGGCAUCUUAGAUCAUAUCCACAGCUGGACUCAUGCUGGGGUGUAG